UCAUGUUGACAGUACUGCGAUAAAGACUAUGCUUCAGCUUGGAAACCUGUUCACCCAGUUUCAUCCCAGCUCCAAAGCUUCAGAAAAUGCCCAGAGUCGGAGCUCAAAGCCGACACCAAACCUGCCUGACUUUUUACAGCAUGUCACGAAACUCACCGGGCUGAGAAAAGAAGAUGUUUACUGCAACUUGCGAAUCCCUGACCAGUUUCAGGCAGCCAAAGAUGACAUCAACUUUGUUAUCCUCACAGGCCAAGGGAUCUUCUGCGUCGAUGUUAAACCCUGGAGAGGCAUGGUGUCUGCUCACAACCAAAACUGGCAUGUGCAAGUGAAAGAAGAGGACCAAAACUUUACCAAUACCUGCAUCGAGCAGAUUGAAGAUCCCCUCAAAGCUAUCAUGACCAAGACAGCAAACAUAUGUAGCCAUUUGAAUAGGAGUGGAGUCUCUGUCCGCCAAAGUCUCUUCUUCCCCAGAGUCAUCUUCCUCUCUCCGGACUGCGAGCUGGAUGAAGGGCUGAGGAAGAAGAGGGAGCUGGUCUCCCACAGCCAGAUAGAUGAUUUCCUCCGAUCUUUCAAGGAGGGUUAUAUGGCCUGGAUAUCAGAUGCCCUGACACCAUCCUGGAUCUCCGGUCAUCUGUCGUACAGGCAGAUGGAAUCAGUGCGGGAGGUCCUGAGGAGGGUGGGAACGUGGGAUUUGGUUCGGCUGCACUCUGGCGUGCAGCUGAAAGGCGACUACCAGGGCUGCCAGUACAUCGCUCUGAACCGCCAGGAGACGGACACGCUUGAAUUUUCCAGAGUCAAGACCCUGUCUGCUGAUUCACUGUGGGCCCUGCUGGGACACGCUCCUCAGGUAACAGUUAAAAUGUAUAAGCGUGGCUGUCACAGCUGGCUGGGUAAAUCCCUGACCGCAACCACCACGAUCCCUUCCAACACCUUUGUGAUCUUCAGGAUCAGCGGUGAGGAGGCAGAUGCCAAAAUCCCUGCGGACACUGUUCACAGCAUCACACUCAGCAUAUGACACCCUGUAUCAGGCAUUACAACAUGGCACUGAAGGGAGAGGAGGCAUUCUUAGCUAUGAAUGUGCAGAUGCAAAAACAAAAACCCCUAACUCGUAUCUUAGCUCUUAUGUUUAUUGAGUGAUUUUUACUAUGCAGUGUUUGUACUUUGUUAUAUUGUACUAACAAAACAAAUUCCAAGUGCCUUUAUGUAAGCAUUCACUAAAGAAACAAAAGACCCAUUUGCCAAUUAUUCUGAUUCUCUGAUCAUCAAUGGCAAUAUUAUGUUAAUGGGAAUGAUUUCAGACAAUUAGCCUGAUUAACUUUCUCUUGUUUUGAAUUUCUAGGGCUAGCCCACACUUUACACUAGCCAUUAAUUAAUCAUUACGCCAGCUGAUUGUGUCACAUCAGUUCAGGACUGAAGUGUUUAAUGUGUUAAUUGUGGUGGUUAAAAACCGGUGGCCUGUGGCGCAGCGGGGGCCGAGCAUUUUACUGCCAGUACGGGGUUUAAUGGGAAGUUAUUUACGGACUGUUUAGACAGUGUAACUGUAAGGUGCUUUAUUAAUAUGCUCCACCGCACAGAGGAGACGAUAACAUAUUCAAGGGCGCACAGCCGCAGCCACCAGCACCAUUCAUAACUGUGGCUGAGUCACUUUCCAUCAGUUACCAGGCUCGCACAGCUGCGCUAACAGCUAGCAAUUGUAUUUACUGGGCCUGGUAGUGGCCAAAAUGAAGUUAUUUCCAUCAAGAUAUCAGUGCCUUUAGCUAAUGCAAUAGAAGGAGCUCUCUGUCGAUGGUAUCUCUCUGCAUGGCAUCUCUACCUGAAACAUCAUUACACUGUACUCAAGCUCCUCACUUUUUUAAAUGUCUGUUUUACCUGAGGGACAGAUUAUCUGUGGUUGUAUAAGCAGCACUGUGCUGUUUGCAUUGGCAGGUGCACAUUUUUGAGACAGGUUGUUUUUGAGUUCUCACUCAUCAGUGCUUGAAUUUCUAUGUGUUUUGAUGAAUGUAUUGUUUUUGCAUAUUUAACCUUCAGUAGUCCUCAGGAACUCUUCUCUCCACAACACUUGACAAACAAUGUUGACAGUAUCAGAUAGUCUGGUUUGGGAAUGCUUCAAGGAAAUAUGUAAAUCUGAUAAAUGGUGGGUACAUGCAGGGUUUACUGUAAUUUUAUUAUUCUUUGAUAUGAAUAUCUCAUUUUUUCCCUCAAAAUUCAAAGCACUUUCAAGCAUAAAGCCAACUUAAGAAGCAUGAUUGUUAACCAUACUCCUCAUUUUAUUAGUUUAGGUGCAUUUUUUAAGCCACUGAGUUGUCAAGUGUUUUUAUGUUUGUACUAUCUGGUGUUGUAAUAAAAAGAUGGAAUUAUU